UGAAAACUCAUACUAUGUGUCUGUGUUCCUUGUCUCUCUCUUUCACACAGUCACACAAAAAAUAUAGACAGACAUACAAAUACUCUCUCUUCCACACACACUAUCAUUCCCUUUUGUCUUUCCCUUUGUUGUUAAGUCUUCCUUUCUUCCCUUUCACCUAAUCUCCAAAAAUCUUCUCUUUUUUCUUUCAACAAUGGCAGCAUCUUCACCUUCAAACUAUUCUCAACACCAUUUUUCAGUUCCUCAAAGACCCUCAAAAACAGUUAAGCAGCAGCAUUCAAGUAAGUCUUGUUCUAACAUUUUCUUGAAAUCUGUAGUGGUCAUGAUUGUUCUUGUUGUUAUUCCACUUUUUCCUUCCCAAGCUCCUGACUUUAUAACUCAGAGGAUAGUAACUCAGUUUUGGGAGCUUUUUCAUCUUUUGUUUAUUGGCAUUGUUGUCUGUUAUGGUUUGUUUUGUAAAAGAAGUAGUAACAAGACUUAUGCUGAAACACAACAUUCAAGAUUUGAUAGUUCAGAGGUAUAUGCUUCUGGGAUGUCUAAUGUAGCUUCAAUUUUUGAUGUUGGGGUUGAAAAUUAUUGUGGGUCUGAUGAGAAAAGAGUGAUCCCAAAUUGGGAUUCUCAGUUCUUGCAUAAUGGAAGUAGGGAACAGGAAAGGUUUGAGCUUGUUGAGGGUGAAAAAAUUAGAUCUUUUUCAGAUGAAAAUGGGGCUGAAAUUUUUUGUGGGUCUGGUGACAAAAGAGUGAUGCAAAAUUGGGAUUCUCAAUUUUUGCAUUAUGGGUAUAGGGGCCAAGAAAGGUCUAAUCUUGAUGAAAGUGAGAAAAGUAGAUCCUUUUCAGGUAUAGAUGGGGUCGAAAACACGGAGGGGUUUAAUGAGAGGGAAGUAGCUCAAGUUUGGAAUUCUCAGUACUUUUAUGGUGAAUCUAUGGUGGUUGUUGCCAAUGGAAACUAUGGGGUUGAAAAGGUAUCCCCCAUUGACCAUAGACCUUUAGGCUUGCCGGUUAGGAGCCUGAGAGACAGAGCUUUUAAUGCUGAAAAACCUGAAUCUAUUCAUGAAGAUUCUGUUCAUUCAGGGGGUUCUUCUGGUAGUAUUGGUUAUGAAGUUAGAGGGGAUAAGAUAAGAGGUAUGGAUCCAAUCAAUUUGAGGAGGAAGUUUGAGGAAGCUUCUGGACCUCGCCAAGUUUCAUGGCGCUCGAGGUCUCAAAGGAGGGAGCUAGAAGGAGUGAAUACAGGUAGACUGCCUUCACAUUCUAGACCUCACUCGGUUGGUCAAUUGGAGUUUGGGCAUCUUAAGUCUAGGUCAUUCAGUAAACCGGUAUCCUCUCGGACUAGUCCUACUUCUUCUUCACCAAGUAUUACCUCGCCUUCAUCCUCUUUCUCUUCGGAAAAUGGAGGUGUUGAAAUGCCACUUUCUGACCCACAUUAUGCUUUUGAGAGUGUACCCGUUCCAAUUUCACAACAGACAGGAACAUCCAUUGGAGAAUCAGCAGUUUUAACUUCAAAUGUCAAACAAUCUAGCGACGUAUCAUGUUCAGAAAUGAAUACGCUGCUGAGAGAUGAAUAUGAAGAGGAUGAAAAAAAGAUGAAAACAAGUCCUUCCAGUAGAGAAGCACGCCAUGUUCAAGGUCAUCCACAUUCUAAGUCCCACUCUGCUGGAGAAACUGAGUUUGAGCAGCAUCAAGAGCCAUGGUCAUUCUGGAAUCGAGUACGCUCUCAAAUUGUUCCCAAUUCUUCUUCGCCGAGAGUGAUCUCACCUGCCUCUCCAGAAAUGGCGAACUCCAGAAAGCAAGACCUUGAGAGACUCAAGAAUGUCAAGCCUCCACCCCUCCAAGUUAGUCAACCAGCAGCGAGAUCAGUGAAUGAUGCAGCCGCAUUCGUUGCUUCAAAGACUCGACGAUCUACUGUUGGUUCUUCCUCAGAGUUUGAUAUGCUUCGUACAACUAAAGAUAAACUGAAGGACGUUGCACCUGUGAAUGUUGAAGCAACAUACCAUACCUCAAAGUCUCUAGCAUUUAGCACUGGUUCUUCUUCAGAGAUAACCAUGCAGGAAUGCUCAAAAGAUAAAUUGAAGCAUGUCAGCAAGGAUCUUAAACAGUAUUCUUCAUACACACAAAAACAAAGUGUCAACUCCUUGGUCUCGGAUGUGAAACAGCCAGUAGCUGUGAAAAUUUCGCCAAGGGGAAAAUCAGUCAGAACAGUUAGAUCCCGAAGAAGUUAUAUUGAUAGAUCAAAAAGAAAGGUAGAUUGUCCAAAAGAAGGUGGAGAUAUAAAUGAGGUAAGUUGUGAUCAAUUUGACACAAUUUCAUCCUUGAAAUGCAUUAAUCGAGAAGGGGAUUCAUUACCACCAGUCAAUCCCAGGAAAGGCAUUCUUGACAACAGUGGCCCAAUUCCAAGCUCAGCAGUCUUUGAAAGUGAGCCUGCAGCAAAGAAACAUUUUCCGAAUACAUACAUUGUGGAGUCCAAGGAGAACUCAGAAUCCAAAGGGAACUCAGACAGUGUGUUAACUAAUUCUCACAUGAGUUCAGAUGAAGAAGCUGACUUUGACCUUGCUGAUGAUGUGGAUCUAGGAAGUGAGGUUGAUAGAAAAGCUGGUGAAUUCAUUGCCAAGUUCAGAGAACAGAUUAGGCUUCAGAAAAUUGAAUCAUUUCGACGGACCAGUGGUUAGUUGCUAAUAAUUUGUCGUGAGGUAUGUAUAGUGAUUUUAGUAUGCUAAAGAAGGAUGUCUUCCCUUGUUUAGUGGGAACCCAGUAGUAAAAUUGAUCAUUUGUUUAUAUAUGUUUAGCCUCUCUUUGUGUGAACAUACACUUGGAAUGUUCUUAAAAAUUACCUGCUGCUCAGGUGUCUAGGAGGGACAUACUUUCUUGCA